AAUCGCAUAGGGCGAGAAAGCGGAAGUGCGUAAUUUGACGAGAUUGAACGAGAUUUUAGCUACUGGAGAUAAACAAAUCCACGUGGUAACGGUAAAUAGAUAACAGGAUGGCAUUUUCCAUCCUAUAUUGGUUGAAUUACGUGUCUGGAACCAAAAAACUUCAUCAAAAGUCCGAGUUAGCGGUAAAAGCAGACCAUGUACUAAAGUUUAUGUUCGAUCCCGAACUUAAUUACGCCCAGGGAAGAGUUCAAGCCAGUAUGAGAGACAGAAGUUACCACGUCAGUCUAUAAGAAUGUUAGCAAGACGGAUGUGAGGGCUUCUUGGAUCCAGCAUCCUAAGAAAGCACCACCAAAGAAAACAACCACUAUGGAUGAGCUUUUUCCACCUUCACAAAAAGUGGCCAAUUACAGCUAUGCUGUGGAUAGUGUCAAAAGAACCCCCAUCCCCUACACUGGAUAUUCCUUAUGUAGAAGAUUUAUUGCUGGGAGAAGCUUACACUAGUGCUACAGACAAGAUACAGUGGUUGAAGACAAAUCUUGCUAUCCAAAGGGAGAAAAUAGAGCAGGUUGCACAAUUGACUGUUGGGCAGAGGAACAACCAUCUUUGGGCUUUGGUCAGGAAAAACCGCUUAACUGCAUCCAACUUUGGUAAAGUGCUUGCUGCUAUCCGACGAAAUAGGUUUCCUCCAUCAUUAUUCAAACAGGUUCUGGGCUCUUAUGAUUUGUCAACAAAAGAUGCCAUUCUAUGGGGUAUCAACAAUGAGUCAGUUGCCAAAGCAAAGUAUUGCUCAUACGGUGAUGCAGUUGUUGAAGAAACAGGGGUGUGGCUACAUGAAAGUGGUGUUUUAGGGGCAAGUCCUGAUGGGAUUAUCCGCCGUGCAGCAACGCAUAAAUAUAACCAUCAAGUAGCUCAACUGACAGACAUACUGGAGACAAUGAAAUUGAUGCCAGAGAUUUUGGAAGUUAAAUGUCCUUUCAGUGCCAGGAAUAUGACUAUUCCUGAGGCCAUUUUAUCAAUCAAAGACUUCUGUUUAGACUUCCAGGUUCAUGAUGGCAGACAGAUGUACAAGCUAAAGGAAGAUCACAUCUAUUAUGAUCAAGUACAGGGACAGCUACAUAUUCAGAACAAAUCCGCCUGUGACUUUGUUGUGUGGACCACCAAGGACAUUGCCAUAGUUAGGGUUCUUCAAGACAGUGCAUGGGACCAGAACAUUGCAAAACUUAUUGACUUUUACUUCACUCAAAUAAUCCCCAUUGUUCAGAAGUAAAAUGUCAGUUUAUUUA